AUUGAAGAAAAAGACGGCUAUAAAGCUGGACUCACAACUGGCUCACAAAUUAUCAUUUUUCUCUCAAGUUAUUUGAUUAAUUGUAGUGAUAUUUGAUAAACAAAAUGUCGUAUACUGUGUCGAUGUACAAAUUGAAGUGUUUUGAUCAAGUUUUAAAUUAAUAUUCAGAAAUAAAAAAUGUGUUACUGUUACGAGUUUCGACAGGAGCCCACAGCAUUGAACAGUCAAAAAUCAACAUUUACCGUGUACCAAUUUUCGGAACCAACAACGAACGAUGAGUACAACGAUAUUAAACCAAGAAGCAGUAGUAGCGCCGAACCACCCUCUUCGAAUAUCAGUCAUUCAUCGGAAUGUGUAACUCCUUCGUCUAGUUUGACAUCAUUAAUCAAGGUAUCACCAUUGAAGUCAUUAUUGCGAGAAGACCUAAAGCGAAGAAUCUCGGCACGUGCCACAACUCGUGCAACCAGGAACGGAAUACUGGCCAGUAGUUCACCCAUUCCGACUAGUAGUCCCAUUCCAAAUAGUUCAAAUACUGUUACUCCUGGAGCUACUCAGGAUAGUGGCAAUGGAAGCAACAGCUCGAGCAGCUCAAGUAGCAGCUCCAGCAGUAGCUCUAGUAGCAGCAGCAGUAUAGCCGCUAUUGCUGCCGCAACUACCUCAAAUGGCACCAUCACCUCCACCGGACAGGAAACUGACCUGCUACUAUCCCUGACCACCAAAUCGACACGAAACUUACAGUGUAUCUUUUGUGGCAUCGAGUUUCCAGAUCAAACACUUUAUUUUCUGCACAAAGGAUGUCACAGUGAAAGCAACCCAUGGAAGUGCAAUAUUUGUGGAGAGCAAAUGAACAAUGUGUACGACUUCAACUCACACUUACUCAGUAAAAGUCAUCAAUGAUGUUAAGCGAGGGAAAGAGAAACAGUUUACUGGUGAUGUUUCUCUUUUUCUGAUCGCUUACUUAUCAUUGAACUAUCGUUAAUCUCACGAAUCGCCGUAAAGUGUCGAGGGCUACCUUGAUUAAGAAACCUGGAUAACGGCUUCCCUUCCAAGAUCGCCUUGAAACGGUCGGAAAUGCAUCACUAGGAUCUACUACCAUUGUACAAGAAUCGUCCAGCGUACCUUUGUUUGUUGUACCAUUAGUAGUGCCGUACUACACAUAUUACGGCUGUGUGGCUGCGUUCUGUAGUCCACACUUCUUCAGGUUUCAGAAUGAUACAAGCAAUGGGUAAACGAACCAAUAGUAAAACGAACACGUGCCUACGACACAUAGCGAUGGCAACAAGCAUUGUUACCGUUAUUCUAGUAGGUAAAAUUUGGCAGAUUUACAGUCCGUCCAGUAGCCUUUAAAAGGAAAUAGCAAAAUUGAAAGCAAAUAGGGAAAUUGAUGUGUAAUUUGAACAUCCUGUACGGUGUAAUGAGAGGAUAGAUAUUGAAAUCAGAAUGGAUAGUAGACCAUACAUGAAAUGCAUGAAAAAAAUGCUUAGUGGAAGUCUCCAAGGACUCAUUAUUUUCUUAUUCAAAAUAGCAUCGCACUGCAUCGAGACUCAGAAACAUACAGAUUAUAGCCAAAGCACAAAUUAUAUGAAGCAGAAAAACGAUAGUGAGUGGAACGAGAAACAGCAACAGGCGAUUGAAUCCGUUAUGUCUGUUAGCGGAGCCCGACUAUCGGUUAUGUAACUGUUAUAUAUACAACACUGCAGUUGAUUUUGCAAUAUCCAGUGACUCAAAAUCACAACGCCUAAAUUACUAUCGGGCCAGAAAUGUAGCCAUAUUUUGAUGGUUACUAGGAAGUUUGCAACACCAGUAAACCAACUGCAGUGAUUCGUAUUUUAUUUUUAAAAUUCAGAUUCUUUAACAUUCUUCGAAUCAUGAAGCUGAUCAAGUAGAAUGGAUAACCCCUGCGAGGAGUUAAAUCAGAGUACGUAAUAGCUGAAAACUUCGAUAUUUGAAUAAAUUGCACAAUAAUUAUUCUGACCCUGGAACAGUAAAUAA